AUGAGAGCAAGGAAAAAGGAAAGGCGUCACAGGACAAAGGAAAAGGAAACAGCUUCCCAGGCAACGCCUGCGAUCGACAACGAUGCCCUCAACCGAUUGAAGCUUGGAGCCGGAGGCGCUGCUCCUUUCCAACUCAAUGCUGCCGCUGCUUCCUCCGACACAUCCAGCCCGACCGACUCUCCGCCCCCAACCAGCGGCAGCCCCAACACGGGCGUCUUCAUUGGCAUCGGCUCGGCCGCUGGUGUGCUCGGUGUCGCCGGUGCUGCCUAUGCGGCCUUCCGCAACAAGCUCUUCAAAAAGUCGUACGCUGCCGCAUCGCAGAAGGCGGACGAACCCUUUAGCACCAAGCUUAACAUCAUGAAGCCCAGUUUCUCCGCCCCCUCUUCGUCUUCCUCUUCCUCGUCCGCUUCUCGCUCGACUGCGCCCACAGUUGGUCAAGAUGGCAAGGCUACGCACCCAUUCCGGGCUACGCUGCCGGAUGAACUCAAUGUUAGCGUGGGCGAUGUUAUCACUGUCGAGGAGGAUUUUGGCGACAACUGGGGCCGCUGCCGCAAUGUGUUCUCUAAUGCCGUUGGCGUCGCACCCCUGACGAUCUUUGUUCGCAAGUAA